GUUACCCGGGUAACUAUGACGAACCCUCCAGAUGCAGUGUUCGCCGGUAACCCCACCACCUUAACCUGUGUGUCAUCGGCCAGUAAACCACAGGCCUGUAUAAGGGCAUACAUAAGGACGUCCGCUAAUAUCCGGGAGCUAGACCCAGGAUACUGUAACCAGGAAUCCAGCUCGGUACAGACUACAACCCGGACAUUCACGUUUACAGCUAGUGCCGAGGAGAACGGAGCUAAGCUGUACUGUAACGCCUCCAACAGUGUGACCGAUCAUCCUGUACGAUCACAAGUCUACACACUCAAUGUACAAUCCCGACCACAGUUUCCCAGACAAAGCAACCAACAAGCAGCAGCGCUCGGUGAAAAUAUCAGACUGAUGUUUAAGUUUGUGUCUAAUCCAGCCUAUGUGAACCUGACGUGGUACAAACUUAUCAAUGGUACAGCUGAAAAACUAACCGUCUCUAACUCAUCCGGGAGUAAAUACCGAAGUCGCGUGACGGAUGCUAUCCACAAGUUUCUAUUUAACAAGGCCGAAGUCCAGCUUUCAGGUCACUUGGCGGAACUAGAAAUCUCUGACGUUAAACGUGAUGAUUUUGGGCAAUACAAAUUUGUUGCUGAAAAUGACGUGGGAUCUUCUGAGACAAUCAUAUCUUUUAACUUAAUAGAUCGUCCUUGUCCACCUAUUUUAACAACCACAUUUUGUGAAAACCGUAUGGCCAACGUGACGUGGAUUUCCUGUUUCAAUGGCGGUUCUACCCAGACGUUUAAACUCCUGUACAAAAAGAAGGCUGGCCAUUGGGUUGAAUUACCUGAUAACAUAACAGACCCGGGAGAGGAUAUGGCUGUGAGCGAGGUGGUGAAGGGUCUCGAGGAGAGGGGAGAAUACAGCUUCAGGGUGUACGGUUUCAACAGGUGGAAUAAAAGUGACACGGUAGAGACGAGUUGUACAGUUACAGCUCCCGGUUCCCCUGGUGCCCCCGGUGCCUUAACCGGCCCCCUGGCAGGCGGCAUCUCUGGAGCUAUCGUUUUAAUGGGAGUUGUGCUUCUAGUUGUGGUCAUCUUGCGUAGGCGAAAGCAAGGUAGCCGUUCCUCAGGAGAAACAAAGUAA